UAUCUCCUGCCUCUCUAUAAAUAGUAAUACCUACCACAACCCUAUUCUCUCUCAUUUCCACACUCACCCAACCUAAAAGAAAAACAAAGUUUCCAGGGUUUCUGAAUCUCCACCCACCACUCUAAUGGCUUCCAACAAAAUCCACAUCUUCAGGAAAUCAGCCAUGGAACCCCUGGGAAGUAUUAUAUCAAUCCGUACGUCUGAGAAACUGAUGAGCAAAGCAUCUGAUUGGAAAGUUGUAGAACAUGAAGAUGCUAUUGAGAUGAUUUUCAAUCAGGAUGUUUUUGGGGAUAAUCCUAUUGCUGGCAAAUUCUACAAUUAUCAGGCUAUUGGUGAUUCUGAAAAUAAGGAUGACGACUACAGUUACAUAGUGAACACUGAUUUUCUUAAUUUCAAGGAAGCGGAUGGCGACUUCAAAAAUGGUAUUUCAAAGAUUUACUUUCCUAAAAUCAAAGCCCAAGAUCAUAAGAUUGUUGGAGUUCAGGCUAAGUAAAGAAGAAUUAAUGUUGUUGAACUUCGGGCUAAGUAGUACAAGUACUACUAGUAACAGAAACAGAAGGUGGGUUCUCUUGGUUUUCUAUGAAAAUUUCUUCCAGUCUUUUUUAUUUUUUCUUGGGUUUCUGGUUUUAACUUCUAGGGGGGUUUUCAGAUCUGUAAAAUUUGAUGAGAUUUGUAUUUGGAUCAUCAGGGGGGUUUAAUGAGAAUCAACACAUGUAACUGAUGUAAUCCCAAAAAAUUGUGACUAGGCAUGUGCCAACUCACUCUUGCGACAUAAAGAAUUCAUAUCUAGCAUUUGUGAACCCCCUAA